CAGUGUUGGGGUUUUGCGGGUGCUGAACGCGGUGGACAGCAGCAGAGCGGAUAAAAAUCUGCAAAGAUGGCCUCAGCAACAGCGACCUAUGGACAGAAAGAGUCUUCAGACCAGAACUUUGAUUACAUGUUCAAGAUCCUCAUUAUUGGAAACAGCAGUGUAGGAAAAACCUCCUUCUUGUUCCGCUACGCCGACGACUCAUUUACACCGGCCUUCGUGAGCACAGUGGGGAUUGACUUCAAGGUGAAGACCAUCUACAGGAACGAUAAGAGGAUCAAACUACAGAUCUGGGACACAGCAGGUCAGGAGCGUUACCGCACCAUCACCACAGCUUACUACCGAGGAGCCAUGGGCUUCAUCCUCAUGUAUGACAUCACAAACGAGGACUCCUUCAACGCUGUCCAGGACUGGUCGACUCAGAUUAAGACAUAUUCGUGGGAUAACGCCCAGGUGCUGCUGGUAGGAAACAAAUGUGACAUGGAGGACGAGAGGGUGGUGAGUGCCGAUAGAGGCCGGCAGCUUUCAGAACAUCUCGGUUUUGAGUUCUUUGAGGCCAGUGCUAAGGACAACAUCAAUGUGAAGCAGACCUUUGAGCGCCUUGUCGAUAUCAUCUGUGAAAAGAUGUCAGAGAGUCUGGAUGCUGGAGAUCCUGCUGUUACAGGGGCCAAACAGGGGCCCCAGCUGGCAGAGCAGCCUGCCCCUCCCCAUCAGGACUGUGCAUGUUAAAGCUGACUCAUUCCCUAAACCCUUUUUUUCCUGCUGUUUCUUUUUUUUCCCAGUACUUCUUUAGUUGGACCCCAGGUCCUUGGAUCCUUCCUCCAGCAUCCUGUUCACCCCUCUUCCUGCUUCUUUUUCUUUUUUGGGGGGCUGAUGACCACAAGACAAGGGCUGGGAAGAGUCUGAAAUGCUGCAAGCAGGUGGUGUUCCCACAUUUUGAAUGUGUUUCUGUAAAGUGUCUCCAGAAACAGGAGAUUUAUAGGUGUUUUUAUCAGUCCAGGUGUUAAUUUGAUGCCAAAGCAAGCCCGUUAUAACCAGUGCAUUUAUGACUUUUUGCAGCCCAGGCUCUUGUUGGUUCUCUUGAUCCUCAGUAUGGUUUCACCAGAAGGAUUUGACGGCGAGCAUCCUCAGAGUGCCAUUUAAAUCCUUCUAAAGUUUACAGUCGUUUGUUAUGAAGAGUUGAAAGCCUUGGAUUUGGUGAGCAAGAGGUCGACGGUGGAUUAACACAGAUGCUAUGAUCCAUCAGAGAAAUAUUCAAAACCGGUAUAUUACAUUUUGAGAUCCAUAUCAGUUUUGUUUUGUAUUCCCAUCUAUUUACACUUGAAAACACGACCUUUUCCAAAGCUCCUCCAAGCAUCUUUAAUCCUUUAUCCUUUUAUUCUAUAUCUUUUAUUCCUUUAGACAUUUUUUAUUUUGUAUUCUUUUGGCCUUGUUUUCAUAACCUAAACCACAGAAAGGGUAAAAAAUGAAGAAGCUUUGGUGAGCAGAUAAAGAGAGAAGAACCGUAUAUUAAAGAAGAUAAUUUUUUAUUUCAGUAUAUUUAUUUUAGAUGUACAUAUAAAUGUUGUGCAAUAUAGACAUAUAAUAUCUACAGGUAUGCACUUCUGAGGAAAAAUUCUAAAAAGUAUGAUGUACUGCGAGGUUAGUGUUAGAUUUAAAAAAAAAAGGUGUUUUGUUGUAGGAUCGGUUUCUUUGCUCCUCAGGGAGCUACUUUCCCCCCGCUUGUGGCAUCUUUCAGGAAUUAUGCAAAUUUCUAAGUUUUCACUUCAGACUGAAAAAGAUCAGAUCAGAGAGGUAGGCUGAAGAACUGUAUGUAGUUUCAUUUCUCACUUUUUUAUUUUACUGAUUAAAAUUAAAGGUAACACUACAAGCUCUGUAUGGGCUGCAUAUAACUUGAGUUUAAUGGUGGAUUUUUAGGAUAAUUGAUGUGAAAUAUCAUGUAGAUCUGAUCCUAGAGGAAGACAUUUGUGCUGUUAAUCAGUUGGAAAUAAACUCUAUACAGCUAGUAAAUAGAAAAGUUAUUUCCAAGGCACAAACUCAUCCAAAUUUUCAGUAAGAUUGUAAGAUCAAUGAAAGAUUUACUUUGUUCAACAAAGUAUAUAUAAAAAAAAUUUCUAAAACAUUUAGAGAUGGAUUUUAAUAAUGAAAAAAAUGUUAGGUUUACUCAGUUUUAUCUCAUUCUGACUUUAUCUUGAUCAUCUCUGUUGUGACAAAAUAGAAGGAGAAUAGUGCCGUCUGAGUUUGUUGUGGUUUCACUGUAUUUAUAUGUGAGGUUUUAGGUAAUUUUUUUGGUUUAAGUCCCACACAGGUUGGACACUGCAGCCCGCUACUUCUGCUCUGGCAAUGCUGAACUUACCAGCUUUGCAUUUUCGCUUCAAAAAGAUUGAACCCUGAUAAGUUUAAUCAGAAAUGUAUUUUGUAUUCCACACCAACAAGCAGAAGAGUUUAGGAAUAAAUUAUGCGAUGCCCUUCACAUUUAUUGGCACCCCUGGUAAAGACUGAUCGGAAGGGAUUACUAUAAAAUACGUUUGAGAUUGUUUUAGAGGAGCUAAUUAUUAUCGUUUAAGACAGAAUAUGAAGAUGAAUACAUCUAAAUUUUCUUUUUUUUUCUUGUCUUUAUCAUAUUGAAUGUUGGUUGAGUAAAAAACACUCUUGAGAUUUUAAUUAUGGCUCUUGUAAAUCUCAGACCUGCAGCUAUUGAUUUUGUCAAUUAAGGUGAUUCUCUAAAUACUCAAAUUAAAAAUACAAAUUGCACAAUUUA